UUGUUCGCAGAGCCCAGACAGAAGAAGCCUGCCACUCCUUUGUCUCUGAUUGCCCCGUCCAGAUCCCACGAUGUAUAAGGAAAUUUGUACCAUGGCUUUUGUGCGGGCCAUCAUGGCUGAGUUCCUAGCCACCAUGAUCUUUGUCUUCUUUGGCCUCGGCUCAGCCCUGAAGUGGCCCUCGGCUCUGCCAAGCAUCCUACAGAUCUCCCUGGCUUUCGGCUUGGCCAUCGGCACCUUGAUCCAGAUGUUCGGUCACGUCAGCGGUGCGCACAUCAACCCAGCGGUGACCAUCGCUUUCUUGGUGGGGAACCACAUCUCCUUCCUUCGGUCGGUGUUCUACGUGGUGGCCCAGCUGGUGGGGGCCAUCACUGGGGCAGGCAUCCUUUACCUGGUGACCCCGAUCAACACCCGUGGAAACCUGGCUGUCAACGCGCUCAACAACAAUACAUCCCCAGGCCAGGCGCUGGUGGUCGAGAUCAUCCUCACCUUCCAGCUGGCGAUGUGCAUCUUUGCCUCCACGGAUAAACGCCGGACCGACAUCAUAGGCUCCCCAGCAUUGUCCAUCGGCCUGUCGGUCACCCUGGGUCACCUGGUUGGGAUCUACUUCACCGGCUGCUCCAUGAAUCCAGCCCGAUCCUUUGCACCUGCCGUCGUAGUGACAAGAUUCAGCACUGCUCAUUGGGUCUUCUGGUUUGGCCCCAUCAUCGGUGCAGUCCUGGCCUCCCUGCUUUAUAACUACUUCCUGUUCCCCUAUUCGCUGAACGUCUCUGAGAGGGUAGCCAUCGUGAAAGGCACCUACGAGCCAGAAGAGGAGUGGGAAGAGCAGAAGGAGCAAAGGACAAAGUCCAUGGAGCUGACCUCCCCGGCCCGGCGUCUUCUUGGCGGGGCUGGAAAUUCGAUUGUUCCCCAGCCACGAAGCACAAGGUCACAACUGCUCAAUUGGGAGGUAGCCCGAGGAGCCAGGAAAGGCCUGUAACCUCAACAGUCCAGGCCUCUGGUUUGCUCCAUAGUCCUGACGCCUCAUCCCGUAAGCCCCAACCGCACCCCCAGCUUCUGCUUGUUUUCUUCCCCUUCCCUUCCCAAGCUUCUCCCGAGAACCAUCUAAUACUGACUACGCUGUAAGGAAUUAACCCGGGACAAGAGCCUUUCUCUGAAUUACUCUCCAGUCUCUGCUUAGGCCCUUGGAAAGGGCAAGACAGCAAGUGAAAAGGAGGGAGACUAGGUGGUUUGUUGUAAAGGCUGCUGCUGCUUCUUCAGAUGUGCUAAUCUCCUCGCUAGUCUGCUGUGUCUUUACCUCCGUACAGCCGGAGACCACAUUCCUUGUGCGUCCAGGGCUCCCAUUAACCCCAUGGAAGCUUGGGCGCCUGGGGGGAGAGGAGAAAGGGAUGGGAUGCGGCCUAAGGGCCAGCAUGGCUGGUUUCAACAGAGUUGUGGCAAAUAUAUUUUCCCCAUGGCGCAUCCUACGUCCCAAACCUUUAUCCCCGGGGGAAGCUGUUCUUUCCUGCAUUGGCUGGUGUCGGCGAGUCCUGGUUAUUUGGUGCAUGAAGGAUAUGAUUUUGGACUUUGUACUUGUAUUAUUGUAUUAUUUAUUGUCAAUAAAAGACACCACGGGUUAAGCCUGAAAGCACAGCUG